AAAUCGUGUUUGUCCGUAAGUCCGGCUUCACACUGUAAACCAGGUUAAUAUUGAUCCUGGUUAAACUCUAACAGUUUGCUAGUUCCUCACGUCUUAUUUGAAGCUGCGGCCAGAAAUAUUUAACCUGUACAAGCUGGCAGACUGAAUGGAAGGGAGCGAGAUAAGGAACCGAGCCGACUCGGGCCAGUCCAGGCCAGGUCGAGAUACGAGAGACAGCAGCACCCAGACUGACAGCAGAGUACAAGGUCAUGGCCCCAGGUUAUCAAAGGUAAAUCUGUUUACCUUAUUGAGUUUGUGGAUGGAGCUUUUCCCUUGGGAGCAGCGCGAAGAAGAUGACCACAGUCAGACCCGUGGGAUGGGUCUGGUGGUGGUGCGGGACGGUAAGGUGGUGGGACUCCACUGUUCAGGACCUGAGCUCCACGCAGGACAGGCAGCCAUUAUCCAACACGGCGCCCACCUGGCUGACUGUCAGCUGUACUUUUCAAGGAGACCCUGUGCAACGUGUCUCAAGAUGAUCAUCAACGCUGGAGUCAGUCAGAUCUCCUUCUGGCCCGGAGACCCUGAAGUCAGCAUGCUGAGGUCCACCUCUACGAACCACUCAGACUCCCCCUCCUGCAGUCCACCUGACGGCAUCACGGAGGAGGCCGUGCUGGACGCCGUGGUGACAGAGAAGCUCAAGUCCAACAGCCGUCCUCACAUCUGCGUGCUGCUGCAGCCGCUGGCGCCUGGCCUGGCACAGUAUGUUGACGAGACGUCCAGAGAGUGCGAUUUCAUGGAGAGAGUGACUGAUGAUGAACCAGGGCUGAACACAGAGGAACUCUUCAACAGAGAAAGGACGAGACACCUGAGGGAUUUCUCCAGACACUUCCUGGUUGGGACGUCCCAGCAGCACCAGGAGAUUUUAACAAAAAUGGGUCUGGAUAACUUCUGUGUGGAGCCCUACUUCUCAAACCUGAGACAUAACAUGAGGGAGCUGGUGGAGGUUCUAGCCACAGUGGCUGCUGGGCUGCCACUGCAACAACACGGAUUCUACAAGGAAGAGUGUUCAACCCCUGAGGUGUUGCUGCCUCCUCGUCACGAGGGAGUAUCCCAAGAAGUGGCUCGCCAUUGUGUCAUCCAAGCCAGAUUGCUGGCCUAUAGAACAGAGGACCCAAAAGUGGGUGUGGGUGCUGUUAUCUGGGCCAGAGGACUCUCGGCUGGCUGCGAUGGAACGGGACGUCUGUACCUGGUGGGUUGCGGGUACAACGCUUACCCAGCGGGCUCACAGUAUGCCGAGUACCCACAGAUGGACAACAAGCAGGAGGACCGACAGAGACGCAAAUACAGAUACAUUGUCCACGCGGAGCAGAACGCCCUCACCUUCAGGACUCGGGACAUCAAAGCGGGGGAGCCCACCAUGCUCUUUGUAACUAAAUGUCCAUGUGACGAGUGUGUCCCUCUGAUCAGAGGAGCUGGCAUCACACACAUCUACACCACCGACCAGGACAGGGACAAAGACAAAGGAGACAUUUCAUACCUGAGGUUCAGCAGCAUGAAGGACGUCAGCAAGUUCAUAUGGCAGAGGAGCACCUCCGUUUGCUCAGCAGCCUCUCCUCACAUUGCCAAUGGUUAUGUUGGGAAGCACAGCAGGCAGACUGAGCAGGAGAGCCACAGCAACAAGAAGCUGUGCAUCAACAGAUCCCACGACUCACCUUCUGUCAGCUGAACGGCACCCCUGGACAGACGGACAGUUUGGAUAAACUAAAAACCACAGAAUUAUGUUUUUAGCUCAUGUGCCACAGAUUAGAUGUUUUCUGGCUGCUUGAAAGACAUUGGAUAUUCGUCCUCUCCUGACUCAAGAUCAAUUCAGUGUCGCGUGCAAUUUUACGUUAUUUAUUUGCCCUUUAAUGCAGCAUUGGGAUCAGCUGCUGCAUGUUUAUGUGUUUAUAUCGUGCUGGGUGAUAACAGACUGAUGCUGCAAUGUGAAUGAAUGUGUCUUCUACAAGUCCAGCCAUUAGGAAGUCAGUGGCAGCGAGUUGGAGAGACAAGAACAAACUGAAAAGCAGACAACAGAGUGACCUCAAAGGGAAACCACUGAGAAGGAAGGGAUGGAUGGAUGGACAGUGAUGGAAGAGGUAAAGAAUGGAUGGACUUAAGUGGAUGCUGGAGAAUUAUUAAAUGAAGAGAAUGAGGGUACUACAAACAAAAUAAUAUAUUUGAAAUAGUAAUAUAAACUGUGAUAUGUAGAUUUACUCAUAUCAUUUUAUUUUUUUUAUAUAAUCGGUGAAGAGUUUAUUUCAAUGGUAUAAGGUGUUGGAUACAGAGACGUCUGUACUGUAUGUAUGUGCACAGGUUGUGAUGGGCGUUGCUUUUGUUGACUUGAAUAAGGUUUAAAAGAACUGCAGCAGCA